AUGGAUGUGCUGACUCACUGUCAGCAGCAGCACGACCUGGACCUGGCCGCACUCGUGACCAGGCACGCACUCGACUGCUUCGGCUACAUCCGGCUGGUGAACUUUGUGCGCAGCAUGGCCGUGUCGCCGGGCGAGCUGCGCCGACUGCCGGGCGCCUCCUGGGCCGACCACAAGUACAUGAAGCCUGUCAUCGAGUGCGAUCCUCUCCUGAUGAUUGACCUGGAGGACCUUGUCGGCGCACCGGCCGCCGCACCGCCACCUGCCGACGACGCGUCCCGCCACGUGGUCAACUACGAGGGCGACUACGUGACCCUGUCGCUGCAGGCCAGCCAGGACCGUGACGAGCUCCUGCUGCAAGGUGACGAGAUCAGACAGGCGCCAGGUCGUGACGAGCACAGGCAUGAGUCGUGA